CGUCCGCAGCUCUCCGCUGUGCUGACUCUGCAGAAGGAAAUCACCGGGGAAGUGUAGGAAGCUUUUCUUUUUUUUCUCUUUUUUUCAUCAAGGUAGGGCAAGCAGUUACAACUCGGCUUCUGGCUGACAGUGAUCCCUGCAGUUUCCUUGAUUACUUCAGUUUACGGUUUGGGGGAAAGGAGAGGCGACAGAGUGUCGUGGUCGCGCGUUCCUCUCCGUGAGACCGACCCGUACCCAAACGACGCGCGUUUUUCUCUCAAGUCGGGACGCUUUCAAUCUCGGGAUGAAAAAGCGAGCGCUCGUUUCCCCGUGUUACUCCUAGAAGUGUCAAGAAAAAAACAUCGUUGCUGAGUCUGAAAAGAAACCCGAGCGUGAAUCGCAAGAUAUACAUCGGACUGGAUUGAAGAGGAGAAAGUUCCCCACUUGAGGGCGAAAUCAGACUUUAUUGAGGACGCCAACUUUGAAAAGUGCCAGGAGCCCCGGGGUCUGUCAGAUACAACAUGCAGCAAUGUCCAAGGAGGCAGAGUUGGAUGUGAGAGGCAGUGAGUGUGACACGGUCCCACCAGAGCCCAGCAGAGACCCAGAGUCGCCCAGGCCACCUCCAGCUAAGGCUAACGGACCCACGGACACAGCUGGCAUUUGCACGAGCAUCAUCUCAAGUAGCCACAGUAGUAGUAGCAGCAGCACCACCAGCAGCAGAAGUGGUCUGGGUGGCGUAAGCAUCGUUAGCAGCAGCGCUGAGGGAGCAGGCGCGAGCUCCAUGCAGUUCAGCACCAGACCGCCUAGUGCUGAGCAGCCGGGCUUCAUGGGGACAUGGCAGCAGCAGAGCACUGACAGCAACCUCCUCUACAGAAUGUCCCAGCAGGGUGCUGUAACGCGGCUUCCUUUGAAGUGCGACAGGUCGACUAUGGGCCGAGAUCUGGAAGAGGCCAUUCGCUGCACACUGGUGAACUGCACGUGUGAGUGUUUCCAGCCAGGGAAGAUUCACCUACGAACAUGUGACCAGUGCAAACAUGGCUGGGUAGCUCAUGCUCUGGACAAGCUCAGCACCCAGCAUCUCUACCACCCGACCCAGGUGGAGAUCGUUCAGUCCAAUGUAGUGUUUGACAUCAGUAGCCUGAUGCUGUACGGCACCCAGGCGGUACCUGUCAGGCUCAAGAUCCUUCUCGACCGCCUUUUCUCCGUGCUCAAGCAGGAGGAGGUGCUGCACAUCCUGCAUGGUUUGGGCUGGACCCUCCGAGACUACGUCAGGGGCUACAUACUGCAGGAUGCUGCAGGCAAGGUGCUGGACCGCUGGACCAUCAUGUCCAGAGAAGAAGAGAUCAUCACCCUCCAGCAGUUCCUGCGCUUUGGUGAGACCAAGUCCAUUGUGGAGCUGAUGGCCAUUCAGGAGAAGGAAGGUCAGGCAGUUACAGUUCCUUCUUCCAAGACAGACUCCGGGAUAAGGACAUUCAUUGAAAGUAACAACAGGACCCGUAGCCCAGGGCUCCUUACACAUCUGGAAAAUAGUAGCCCAUCCAGCAUCCACCAUUUUGAAAAUAUCCCCAACAGCUUAGCCUUCCUGUUGCCCUUCCAGUACAUCAACCCAGUCUCUGCCCCCAUGCUUGGCUUGCCCCCCAAUGGCCUCCCAAUGGAGCAAUCUGGUCUGCGGCUCCGGGAGCCCAGCCUGCCAAACCAAGGAGAACAAGUGGAAACCAGCGAGUCAGAAGUGUCCCUAUCACCAUUCCGCACAGGUCCAAGUCCUAGUCGUGGAGCGCUGGGAGCCAUUAACAACAACGCCGAACCCAAGACAGAGCCCAACAACCGGGCAUCUCCCAUCUCACCAACCCCUUCCACCCAGCAGGCUCAACAGCAGCAACAGCAGACACAGCUUCAGCAGCAACAGCCACAGGGCCAACAGCAGUCCCAAAAUCAACCUCAGCAACCUAACAGCUUGAGUGACCACCCGGUCCACCACCAUUUCAUAAAGGACGAGCAGUCAAAAACAAUCACCCAUCCUUCCUUUUCCUCCAAGAUGCAUCGCAUGCGCCGUAUGGGAGCCACCUCACGCAAGGGUCGCGUUGUCUGCAACUCUUGUGGAAAAACCUUUUAUGAUAAAGGCACACUUAAGAUACAUUAUAAUGCUGUACACUUGAAGAUUAAACACCGUUGCACCAUCGAGGGCUGCAAUAUGGUGUUCAGCUCACUACGCAGCCGCAAUCGUCACAGUGCAAAUCCCAAUCCACGGUUGCACAUGCCCAUGCUGCGCAAUAACCGUGACAAGGACCUCAUCCGUGCCAAUUCUACCACUGGCACACCUGUCAUCUCGAGCACCAAGAACGGUGGUUUCACACUCACUAGCCCUGGAAGGCCACCACUGGGCUUCACCACUCCACCUGUAGACCCUAUGCUUCAGUCGCCUCUGCAAAGUCCACUGGUGUUCCCCUCCUUGAAAUCAGUGCAGCCAGUUCAACCAGUGCCCCCAUUCUACCGAACACUACUGUCCCCUGCAGACCUUGUUAGUCCUCCAGUGUCACUGCCCACCAGCCCCAUCAUGCCCACCACUACCAACAGCACUACUCUGAUGGACCAGCAACAGCAGAUCCUGGCUGCUGCAGCUGUGGCCUCUCAUAAUAAUGUUCAUGUGUCAGAUGCAGGACCCAUGUCCCACCGUUUACCAACACCUAGUGCCAAUCACGACCUCACCAAUGGCAGCAGUGACCCCACGCCCAAAAAGAAACCUCGUAAAUCAAGCAUGCCAGUAAAGAUUGAGAAAGAAGUCAUUGAUGUGGCUGAUGAAUAUGAUGACAAAGACGAUGAUGACGACGAUAACAUGCACCAUAAUCACCACCAUCACCAGUCAUCUCUUCUUCACAACAAUGUCAAAAUUAACGGAAAUUGUAAUAGCAACAACAACAGCGCUAGUGGAAAUGGGAACCACAGUGGUGGAAGCGGGCAGCAAUCCCCUUCCCAGGAUGAGAUGAGCCCUGGUUUAGCUCUGAGAGGAAUGAUGAGACAAAGCGAAGAUGAAUGCCACGAAGGAAAUGGUAGUGACAGCAGAGGUGGAGCUGCUGAUCUACGCUGCAUGGACAGCUUUACCUCUGAGGAUCAGGACCACGAGAGAGACUUUGAGAAUGAGUCUGAAAACUCAGAUUCAAAGAUGUUUUACCGUGAUGAGCUGAUGGAUGUGGAGGAUCAGCAAAAGCACAGCAGGGUUGGAAGGAGACUGGAAAAGGAACAAGAUGAUGAGGGUAGCGAGGAAGCUCAUUUGAGAAAGGAAAUGGAAGGAAAGGGCAACUCCUCACCCUCCCCUCAUCACCCUCCCAUCAAGAUCAAAGAAGAACUCAACGAUCCAACUUAUGACAUGUUCUGCAUGGGCCAGUAUGGCUUCUAUAAUGGGGGCAUGGCAGCGGCUGCUGCCACUGCUGCAAGCAUGGCUGCGCUUCACGAGAGCUUUAUCACUUCGAUGGGCUAUGGUUCCAGCCCACCCAAAUUCCUUUCUUCUCGAUCACCAGAGGAAGAUCCAUGUUCAAGUCCUGACCCCAAGAUCUGCUAUGUCUGUAAGAAGAGCUUCAAGAGCUCCUAUAGCAUGAAACUGCACUACAAGAACGUGCACCUCAAAGAGAUGCAUGUGUGCACUGUGGCUGGCUGCAAUGCUGCUUUCCCUUCCCGGCGGAGCAGAGACAGGCACAGCUCCAACAUCAACCUGCACCGCAAACUGCUGACCAAAGAGCUGGACGACAUUGUCCUGGACCCCCAACUCACGCCACUGCCCAAGGACCUGCGAGCUGAGUUACUGGCCAAGAUCUACGCUGGACACUACAUGGGCUUGGACCCCAUGGCCGGCAUGGGCCUCGGAGGUGCCAGUCUCGGGCCUGCCGGGCUGAACCACAUUCCCUAUUCCCCCAUGAGUAAUGAUCAUCCUCACCAUCCUCUCAACCAAGACUUUCGAAACCACCACACCAACGGCUUCUCUCGGAGCCAGCCAGACGACUACAUGGUUUUGGACCUGAGCACCACAUCCAGCGUUCAAUCGAGCAGCAGCAUCCACUCCUCACACGAGUCAGAUGAGGGCAGCGAUGAAGGCAUCCUAUUGGAUGAUCUGGAGGAAGAGGGAGAAGAGGAUGAGGGCAACAGCGAGGGAGAGGACUUCUCCCAGCGUGCCAUCGGGCGGGCUGAUGGGGCAUAUCGGGAUGAGAUGAGAGAACUAAAAGAUGGACAAAGUGAGGGGUUGGACCCUUCCUCCUCACCAUUCCUCCUUUCGUCCUCUGGAGGCAGUAAUGGCAGCAGCAGUGGGAUCCUCUGUAACAUCUGCCACAAAAUGUACAGCAACAAAGGGACCCUGCGUGUGCACUACAAGACUGUGCACCUACGCGAAAUGCACAAGUGCAAAAUCCCCGGUUGCAACAUGGUGUUCAGCUCUGUACGCAGCCGCAACCGACACUCUCAGAACCCGAACCUCCAUAAAAAUAUGCCCUUCUCUACAAUAAUAGACUAAAGAAAUGACUUGUCACUCUGCCCUCCUGUCAGAAUGCCCGCUACUCCCUUCAUUCCUCAUCCUUAUUCCUCCUCAAAUUAGCUUUUAACCCCAGCCCAAGACCAUCAAAUACAAGCUAAAUGCCUGUAUGACCGUCCUUUGAACGUCAUUGCGAGACAUUUCUAUCUCCAUGUAUAAAAUUAAUUGACUCUAAAUACAGUUUAUUAUUGUGUCCUUUGACUUUUCCUUCUUUGGAAGAACAGGAUAACACUCUAGAGCAUGGAGAGUUGUGUUUUCAUAAGCCCCCUCCAUCCUUUCCUUUUUAACUUCUCCCACUUUGUGUUUAUUUCCAUCUCCAAAGGAUCCAUUCAAACUCUUAUUUGUGACUUUGCCUUCAGAUAUGAUAGUAUUGAAAAAAAAACUUAAAAUGUUCUCGUUGUAUUUGUGUAAUGAUAGCUUUUAAAUGAACCCCUUACAAAAGCAUGAUAGCUUCAUUUGUAAAUAAUGUCCCAAAAGGCUUUUGGUGUAAAAGAGUUGUGUUGAUGGUUGUUUGCUUCUUUUUUUUCUCCCUUUUUGGGAUUUUAUGUUACAGUCCAGUAAAAUACUUCCAGCUAUAGGCAAGAAAGCGGUAGCAUCUUACUAGCUUGACUCAUUUAUGUUAGCUUCAAAGACACAUUUUAAACUGAGUCCUAAGGAAAAAAAUGAAUAUCACGUGACUUGUUUUAUCUACUUGUUAGAUAUUCAGAGGUUGCCGGCAUGCUUUUUUAGGCUCCUACACUGAUAUCAUUCUCUGUAUUUCUAUUGAUUUUUUUUUUGUCUGUUAUGUUUAUGAGCUUUAGUAUACCAAUUCAGUUUUUGCACUUUGCAUCUAUACAAGGGGAUGUGUAAUAUUAAUAUAAUGAGGAUUUUUUGCAAUGCUGAGUUUUAGGUGUUGUUUGGGGUCAUCGAUGGCUGCGGUGCCAAUGGAAGUGACAGUACCUUCAACAUUCAACUUGUGCCAGUUUCUUUUUGCACGCGUUUCAAUGUCAAACCCAGUUUGAUGACAGAAAACAUCUCGCCUCCCUGAACAAAACCUGAGAUCUGCCCUCAUUGCUGAACCAUUUAUUCAGAAGGUGACAAAAGUGACUUCAAAACAAAACCAGGUUUGAUCAUUAUGAACUGCUGUUUCAUAAACACAAGGGAGUAAAUAUUGAUAAAGUCUCUCUUUCCUUAAAAGAAGCAAUGUGGGGUUUAACGCUUGCUUUCUGUAGAAGAAAGCAUGUUAGUCAGUGCAAGAGCUGGUGUUUGUUCUUACAAAAAGCAUCCUAAUGGAACAUACAGUCCCACAGAUUUAAAAAAAAAAAAAAGGAGAGGAAAAA